AUGAUAGAAAAGAAAGCUAAAUUUAAUCUCACUCUUGACAAUGGCAUACACUGCAUAACUACGGGAUAUACAGAUUUGAAACGGACAAGCUUUCUAGAUGAAGAGUUUGAACUUACAGUUGGCGAGGAGUUAGAAUUUAUACUCUCCAUGAAAACCAAAUGGGUCAAACAACCCACAGUAGUGCGCAAGGUUGUUCCAGCCCCAAAUCCUGUGGUGAAGACCUUCGAGACCAAAAGUCGUCACGGUAUAUCCAAGCUGUUUACACAAAAGCGACGCGUUGCGACACCAGAGUCUGCGCCCCAGCCUGUAGUCCAAGAAAAUAUUCGCAAUGACAACUGGGAGUCAUUAGUGGCUGCUGAUGGCUCUUUCGCAAGGGCCUACAUAGAUUUUUCGCAGUAUGAAAAGGAAAUCUUUGGUAAACCAGGCACAUUUGAGUUGUCAUGCUUUAAUGAAUGGGCUAAGACUGCUUCCAAGUCGAAGCGUGCUCCUUACAAGAUUGGAACUUUACAGGUUCAGCUUAUGUUUGUGCCUCGAGCCUCUCCCAACGAAAUACUGCCUACUUCAAUUAAACAAGCUUUAGAGGAGUUGAAAAGAACCAAACCAACUCAGAAGGCAAUUAAGAUUGAGGGUUACCUCUCCCAGCUUGGCGGUGAUUGCAAGUACUGGCGUCGAAGAUUCUUUAUUCUCGAAGGUACCACUUUGACAGCUCACAGUGAAGCUAGCAAGAAGCCCAGGGCAACUAUUAAUCUCGCUAAGGCCGUGCAAGUUGUCGAAGACAAAUCUUCCUUGACUAAGCCAGUUGUGCAGGUUGGUUCUAAUAGAAGAAAGUCAGCAUUCGCUGAAACUGAAGCGGGUGCUUCUUUUGUCGACCAAGGUUUUAGAAUUCAAUUUGGUAAUGGUGAGAUGAUAGACUUCUAUGCUGAUACUGCUGAGGAAAAGAGUGAGUGGAUAUUGGGAGUUGAAAAAUCCAUUAAGCAGUCUCCACAAUCGAAGAGCUGGGUGAGCCUUGUACAUGAAAGAGAUCGAAGUGAAUGA